GUCCAGCAAACGACGGCAAUGUUGCCAGAUUCCUUUUAGCGGGAAUUUUAAAAUUUUAUAGCAGUUUGGUUUUAAAUUUGACAGUUCUGUUUUCUCAAGUCAAAAAUCUUAACCUUACUUUUACAAGUGAUUAGGAUUAUUAUUAUUAUUUUAUUUACAUGUAAAUUGAAACAAUAAAUAUUGUGCUGUGUCAUAAUUUCAAACUCAUUAUGUUGCAGUCUUUUCCAGUUGAUAAAAUUGCAAUUCAAAAACUUUUAGGUAGAUUUGCACUGUAUGGAUGGCACAGGAAGAGAACAAGAACAUGAAACAUCUUAUUGUAACAAAAGAGAAAUCUUGGACGACCGCCGUAUAACAGUAAACACCUCGAGAAUGACGUCAUCGAAUGAUCUAGGCCUCGGCGGAAAGGAGGAGGGACUUCUCGAACGUACGAUCCGUAGGCGGAACACGCUGAUAGCUAGAGAUGGGCGUCGAUUGUUCCAGAAUAACAACUGGGUAUAAAUACGAGCAUAUUUGUAAAUACAGUUUAGUCUUAAGCUAAAGUUUGUAAAGUAAACUUGUAUAAAUAAAUAAUAAAGUCGUAAAUAAAUACGAACCGCUAGUUUUAUUGUAAUUAUAAGUAAUUACAAUAGUCACGUUACAGUUGGUGUCGGUGUUCGGUUAACUUAGUGCGAUAUAAAUAAGUGAAUUACAGAGAGACUUUAAAAGACUUUUGAACUUUAUUCGUCGGGAAUAACCGGAGUGCGUUAAUUGUUCGGUAUUCGGAAAGACUUUAAAAUACUUUUGGACUUUAUUCGUCGGGAAUAGUUAAAGUGCGUUGAUUGUUCGGUAUUCGGAAAGACUGUUAAAAGACAUUUUGGAAAGUACGUGUGUGCCGACCAAAGAUGUUGCUACAAGAACUUACAGUAAAACAGCUCCGUGAACAGCUAGAGGAACGGGAUCUGGACAGCAGUGGGCUCAAGAUAGUCCUACAAGCACGACUCGAGGAUGUCCUCACGAAGAACGGAGAAGACCCAAAGACGUUCCACUUCCAGUCAGCAGAACAAGUAAUCUUAUCGAAAUUAAAAACUGUUUCUGAAACGAUCGAUGAAACUUCUAGAAGAAGCGACGAGAAACUUGAAGAAGUUAGUAGAAAAAGCGACGAGAAAUUCGAAAAUGUUGCUUAAAAGAUUCGAUGAGACUUCUCAAAUAAUUAAAGACGUAUGUAGUCAAAACAAUGAGAAAUUCGAAAGUGUUUCUCAAAAGAUUGAUGAAACUUUUAAAGAGGUCUGUAGGCAAAACAACGAAAAACUUGAAGAAGUUUGUAAACAGAACAAUGAGGAAUUUGAAGAAGUUUCUAGAACAUUCGAUAAGAUACAGAAAAGUGUAGACGACAAUAAAGAAAUGUUAGAAGAGAAGAUCAAACAACUAGAGACUAUGGUAACCAAUACGAAAGUUCUACCUUCAGUUAAUGCAGUAGUUUUGGCCGUAGAAGAGAAGAUCAAAGAAUUAGAGAGCAUGAUAACCGACACAAAAGUGCAACCGUCAGUUAAUGCAGUAGCUUUAGAUCCUGUAGUGAAAGAUGAACUACCGAGAGACGAAAUGUCGCAUAAUAUGAGAUUCAAAUUACCACCAUUUGAUGGAAAGUCCUCUUGGUCCAUAUACCUUAGACAAUUCGAAGCUAUUGCGACCGCCAAUCAUUGGACCGAACAGGAAAAGGCUGUUUCCUUGACUGCUGCUUUACGAGGUGAUGCUGCAGAUAUAUUAAGGUCAAUUCCCAAGGGUCAAGAAAAUUGUUACCAGACCUUGUUCACUCGUCUAGAAAAACGCUAUGGAGAUGCCCAUCUACAACAAGUAUACAAAGCACAACUGCGAAGUAGAAGUCAACGAGCAAGUGAGAAUCUGCAAGAAUUUGAAGCAGAUGUGGCUCGUGUGGUGCGGUUGGCUUAUCCAGAGGUGCCAGACAGCGUUUUAGAAGAAAUUGCAGUAGAUGCCUUCGUCAAUUGGCUGAAAGAUAAUGAACUACAGAAAGCUUUACGACUAGCAAGGCCGAAAGUUUUAGAUGAAGCACUUGCUAUUGCAUUGGAACACGAAACGGCUAGUCAAACUUCACGAGGCCAUAGAGUAAGAACCAUUGAAGAAAGUGACGAACACAACGAUGAACGUCUGGAGGAAAUGAUACGGAGAGUAUUAAGUAAUCAGAUGCCAAAGAGACGCGAGCCUAGAUGUUGGAAUUGUGGAGACGUAGGCCACAUUCGUCGUAAUUGUAAGAAGAUCGUACAGCCGUCGGAAAACUAGAGCGGGUCGACACCAAGGGGCAACUGCCGACCUCGAGAACUAGAGCCCCCAUAGUAACUGUCAACCUUACGUCCUCCGGUGGAAUCCACAACUUAUACAUCGAAGGUCGUAUCAGUAAUAGAUGUAGAUCAUUUUUGGUGGAUACAGGUGCAACGAGAACUAUCGCACGUCCAGAUGUAGUACGAGACCAUAAUAAAUU